AGAGAUUGGUUGGGACUUAGGAGAGUGGAAUUGCUAUAUAUACGAGUGGUAUCCUCCUACCAUUUUGCUCACACAGCUGGCUUUAGAAUUCAAUUAGUGAAUUAGAGAUAUCAAUGAUGAACAAAUCCUUCCUCCCCACGCUGCUAUUGCUCCUUCUCAUCUUCUCUGCUUCGGAGAUGAUGGGGCGUGUUGCUGAAGGUCGUGUAUGCAAGUCCCAGAGCCACCACUUCCAAGGCCCCUGCAUGCGCGACCACAACUGCGCCGUUGUCUGCCGCACCGAAGGCUUCUCCGGUGGCGACUGUGUCGGUUUCCGCCGCCGCUGCUUCUGCACUCGCCUUUGUUAAUUACUUUUCAUUUUACUGCUUUUUCUACUGCUCAUUAUAUCUCGUACUACUAUCAUCACCUUUGCUUUCCAUUUCAUAUCAAUAAAACUACUUUUUAUUUUCA